GUCGUCGUUGUUAUUGUUGUUGUCCUUUAUUUGUUCCUUCGAUUUGCCAACAACAAAUCAUACAAAUUGUUGUACAAAAUGUCUCUGGUCGAGAGGUCGAAAGUGGGUGGUGGCGGCGGCGGUGCUGCUGAUUUGGGUCGCAGUAGUGGUGGUGGCGGCGGCGGCCGCAACACAGAUGAAUGCUACAUGGUCGGCUCCAAUAUGAAACAUUCAUUGAGCACACCAUCUGGUGUUGAUGGUACCCCAUCGACACCCCGUCAUCGGGGUGGUAAAAAAUUGACAGUGCGAAUACAAAUGUUGGACGAUACGGUGACAAUAUUUCAAGUGCAGGCCAAAGCACUGGGUCGCGUACUAUUCGAACAAGUCUGCCGCCAACUAAAUCUCUUGGAAUCGGACUAUUUCGGUCUGGAAUAUCAGGAGAAGACCACACAAACCAAAUAUUGGCUAGAUCUGGAAAAGUCGCUAAAUCGCCAGGUUGGUCUAUCCCUUGUCGAUCCGAUGUUAAGGUUUUGCGUCAAAUUCUAUACACCAGAUCCAUCACAGCUGGAGGAGGAAUAUACGAGGUAUCUCUUUUGCCUCCAAAUAAAACGUGACCUUGCCACGGGCAGCCUGCAAUGUAAUGAAAAUACCGCCGCCCUUAUGGCCAGCUAUAUUGUACAGGCUUCGUGUGGUGAUUAUGUGGCUGAAGAUUAUCCCGAUCACACAUACUUGUCAUCGUAUCGUUUUGUACCCAAUCAGGAUGAGGCCAUGCAAAUAAAAAUUAUGGAAAAUCAUAAGAAACAUGUUGGCCAAUCCCCAGCUGAGGCCGAUUUAAAUCUCUUAGAAACGGCCAGACGUUGUGAAUUAUAUGGCAUGAAAAUGCAUCCGGCCAAGGAUCACGAUGAUAUGCCAUUAAAUCUAUCUGUAGCUCACAUGGGUAUAGCAGUCUUCCAGAAUCUAACACGCAUCAAUACAUUCUCAUGGGCUAAGAUACGGAAAAUAUCAUUUAAGCGAAAACGAUUCCUAGUUAAAUUACAUCCCGAGGGUUAUGGUUACUAUAAUAACACUGUGGAAUUUCUAUUUCCCGGUCGUAAUCAGUGUAAAAACUUUUGGAAAAAAUGUGUUGAAAAUCAUGGUUUCUUCCGUUGCACAGUGGUACAAAGUACGCCCAGGCGUAAGGCCCGUGUCAUGUCACGUGGCAGUUCAUUUCGUUAUAGCGGUCGUACACAAAAGCAAAUUAUUGAUUUUGUUCGUGAGAAUUAUGUAAAAAGACAAAAUUUCCAAAGGUAA